AUAUCCCGUUUUCGCGCAUAUGCUGCUUCCCGGUGUGCUGCUGCAUUUUGGAAUCAUUCGGUGACUGGUUGUGAUAACACAACACAUUUAAUUUUUUUUAAAUAUUAUUAUUUAAGUAAAAACUAAGUUUUUUUUUUUCAUCAUGGCCAACCCCAAAGUUUAUUUUGACAUCACAAUCGAUGGGAAGAAUGCGGGGAGGAUUGUUAUGGAGCUGAGAGCUGACGUUGUACCCAAGACUGCUGAGAACUUCCGUGCUCUGUGCACUGGAGAGAAAGGUUUUGGCUACAAGGGGUCCGGCUUCCACCGUGUCAUUCCAAAAUUCAUGUGCCAGGGUGGUGACUUCACCAACCACAAUGGAACUGGUGGAAAGUCCAUCUAUGGCAACAAGUUUGCAGAUGAGAACUUCACCCUGAAGCAUGGCGGGAAGGGGACCCUCUCCAUGGCCAACUCUGGACCCAACACCAACGGCUCUCAGUUCUUCAUCUGUACUGCUGAUACUGCUUGGCUUGACGGCAAACACGUUGUAUUCGGGAAAGUCGUACAAGGAUUGGACGUGGUCGACGCCAUCGAGAGCAAAGGCAGCGGGAGUGGCAAGAGCUCUGCUAAGAUCCUGAUUGCCGAUUGUGGCCAACUUUAAUCGUUGCUAUCGAUUCCCCUCCUCCAUUCAUGCACAUUCCUUACUAGAGAUUGCUUUUUUUAUUGCCAUGUAUUCUGAUGACAGUCCUCUGGACUCUUAAUUUGUUAAAACAUGGAUUAAAGAUGGAUUAAGAUUACAUUUCAUUAAA